AAAUAAAAAUGAAAAAUAAAAACCAGUUGAAGGCGGACAAAUAGGAAUUUGAGAUAGCAUUAAAUUUGAAACUUAAAAACUCUAUCUCCAAACUCUCUAGGUUUUUUGUGGAGAGGCGCAAACUCUCUCAAAACCACAAACAAAUUAUUCAAUCUGGGUGCACUUCAAUCCUCUUGAAAGAAGGGUUGGUUCAGGAAAGGAAUGUGCCUUCUCACAUCAUUAUCUGAAUUAAGGGUAUUUUUUUGCAUUUAAUUAAGAUGCUAUGUGGUAGUAGUAACAAUCUCUCAAAGCUUAAUGCUACAAUUUACUAUCAUAUUCAUGAAGCAAUAACAAGCCAAAAAACAUUACCUAUAUCAUUGUAUAGGAAUAAGAAAAAUCCCGUUUUGUAUCUUCCUUCAUUAAGUAAUAAGUUUGGUAGAAAAUCAAUGGCUUCUUCAUCUUCCAAUGCUAUGUUGGGGGAUGUUUACGUUGAUGAAUUGAUCUCAAGUUACGGCGGUGUUCAAGACUUCACAAAACCUGCUGGUGUUUACUUUAAAGAAAGAUCUCAUAAAGGUUUGAUGAGAGGUAGUGUGAGUUUGAGAAGACCACAUCAGCUUUUGUAUGGUCCUCUAAAUUUCGGGCGUUCGAAUUUUUAUUCUAGUUGGAGUAUUCAAAAUUCAGGUUUGGUUCAUGGACCAUGGCAGAAGAAUUUCUCUGCAUCUUCUUCUGCUUGCUGCUUAGCUAGGGCCGAACACGAUGUGUCGUUGGACAGCAGCCUUCCUGAUGAACAACCGGGAAAUUCAUCCACUUGGCCUAACCUAACUACUCUUGGUCGCAAGCCCUUGAAGAUGUUAUCAGGAUCAUGUUACCUACCACAUCCAGAUAAGGAGGCGACAGGGGGAGAGGAUGCUCAUUUUAUUUGCACAGACGAACAAGCAAUUGGUGUUGCAGAUGGUGUAGGUGGCUGGGCAGAUGUUGGUGUUAAUGCAGGACUGUUUGCACAGGAACUUAUAUCCAAUUCAGUAAGAGCAGUUCAAGAGGAGCCCAAAGGUUCUUUUAAUCCAUUAAGGGUAUUAGAGAAGGCUCACUCAAAUACAAAGGCCAAGGGUUCAUCAACUGCCUGUAUUGUCGCUCUUGCCGAUGAGGCACUAAAUGCUAUUAAUUUGGGGGACAGUGGAUUCAUUGUGAUUAGAGGUGGAAGCAUCAUUUUCAAGUCCCCUGUUCAACAGCACGAUUUUAAUUUCACAUAUCAGUUGGAGAGUGGUAAUGGCGGUGAUCUACCGAGCUCCGGCGAGGUUUUUACAAUACCUGUUGCACCAGGAGAUGUGAUUGUGGCUGGAACAGAUGGAUUAUUUGACAACUUGUACAACAAUGAUAUCACUGCAGUGGUUGUAAAUGCAACUAGAGCUAGAUUAGAACCCCAGACAACUGCUCAGAAGAUAGCGGCAUUGGCUCGUCAGCGAGCACUGGACAAGAAACGGCCGUCACCGUUUUCAGCUGCUGCUCUCGAGGCUGGAUACCGAUAUUAUGGAGGAAAACUUGAUGACAUAACAGUUGUUGUGUCAUACAUAUCCAGCUCAAUCAGUGAGUGACGAUUUUGUCAAUUUCAUUUUGACUCAUUUUGUGUAUAUUUGGCUGCUGUGGGGUUAAGACUCCUUGCAUUUUUUAAUUUGAAUCCACUCUUACUUUUUCUAGUACUUAUCUCAAACAUUAGUUGUUAAGCUACGUUGAUGAAUACAUUUUUUUAUCCUUACAAAAAGGUUAUUACGGUUUCUUUAUUUA